AUGAAAUGUUCCCUUGGUAUCUCUAAUUUUCUUGAAGAGAUCUCUAGUCUUUCCCAUUCUAUUGUUUUUCUCUAUUUCUUUGCAUUGAUCACUGAGGAAGGCUUUCUUAUCUCUCCUUGCUAUUCUUUGGAACUCUGCAUUCAAAUGGGUAUAUCUUUCCUUUCUCCUUUGCCUUUUGCAUCUUUUCUUUUCUCAGCUAUUUGUAAGGCCUCAUCAGACAACCAUUUUGCCUUUUUGCAUUUCUUUUUCUUGGGGGCCGUCCUGAUCACUGCCUCCUGUAGUGUCACAAACCUCCGUCCAUAG